AUGGCGCCUUUACCCAGAAAUAUCCUGCAAGUCCUGUCUAGAGCAGCUCACUCCAGCCCAGACAAGGGCAUAUCUAUAUAUCCCCCUGGUCAGACAGAGAUUCCACAAGUUCGCAUUACCUACGCAGAACUCCUCAAUGAUGCUCUUGACCUGGCUCGGCGUGUGAAGUCGAUCCCCAGCAUUACACCACAGACUAUCGUGUUGAUCCAUCUCGAUAAUCACCACGACAACAUUCGAUGGCUAUGGGCUGUCAUCGCUGCAGGCCUGGUCCCUGCGAUCUCAACUCCAUUUACGAAUGAUGUUGAUCAGCGGAAGAAGCACAUCCUGCACCUGCAGCACGUUCUGCGCAAUCCUAUCAUUCUCACCAAGAAACGUCAGGUAUCUGAGUUUCUCGACAUACCGGGAUCUCGUCUAUACACUAUUGAAGACCUGAAAGAAUCAUACCACAUGCAAGGUGCAGACUCCUGGAAUGAUGGAUACACUAAGGGCCCUGGAGAUCUCGCUGCCCUCAUGCUAACUUCGGGAAGCACGGGCAAUGCAAAGGCAGUUAGUCUGCGCCAUGGUCAGGUCAUUCACGCCGUCAUCGGCAAGUCCCUAUACCACGAGACCCGUGGCGACGAUGUCUUCUUGAACUGGAUUGGCAUGGACCACGUUGCCAACCUUACCGAGAUCCACUUGCAUGCCAUGGUACUCGGAGCAGACCAGGUUCACGUGCAGGCCGGCGACUUGAUCGCUAAUCCACUCUCGUUUCUAUAUCUCAUCGAAAGACACACAGUCGCAUACUCAUUCGCUCCAAAUUUCUUCCUGGCUAGUGUUAAGAAGGCGUUAGAAGCCAUGCUCCAGUGCAUGGAAUCGGAUACAUCCACCACCAGGAGCCUACCGAACGUCUCCUCCCUCCGCUGCCUAAUCUCCGGCGGAGAGGCCAAUUCGGUUUCGCUUUGCGCGGCAUUCAACGAGCUUUUGGGUGUCUUGGGUGCUCCCAACGCCUUCAUCAGGCCGGGAUUUGGCAUGACAGAAACGUGUGCUGGCAGUAUUUACAACGUGGACUGUCCCAGCGGGGAUCUUGUUCACGGUCGCGAAUUCACCUCUCUGGGCUGGUGUAUUUUUGGAAUGGAGAUGCGCGUAUCCCAUCCUGACGGCGGUAUAUGCAAGAUGAACGAGAUCGGCCAGCUGGAGGUCCGUGGGGCGAAUAUCUUCUCCGAAUACUAUAAUAAUCCCGAUGCUACUGCGGGAGCAUUCACCUCCGAUGGAUGGUUCGUGACCGGGGACCAGGCCUUCCUAGAUGAGUAUCAACGUCUCCACAUGGUAGGUCGCGGUAAAGAAUCCCUGAACAUCAAUGGUGUCAAAUACUAUCCACACGAAAUUGAAGGUGCGAUCGAAGAUGCCAAGAUUGCAGGUGUGACGCCGUCGUUCACGGCUAUCUUCCCUUACCGUUUGCCUGGCGCCGCCUCUGAGACUCUUUGCGUAGUUUACCUGCCGGCGUACGACUUUGACGACUUGGCUGCGCGCGCCAGUACGCGGAGUGGCAUCCGCACUGUUGUCAUGAACCAUUGCAUGGCACGACCAUAUAGAAUCAUCCCACUUGACCGCGCUUUCCUGGUCAAGACAGCCUUAGGCAAGCUGUCCCGUGCCAAAAUAAAGGCAGCCUUCGAGGCCGGCGCAUACGAUGCCAGCAUUAAUCAGGAUGAGCAGUUCCUGAGGGCACAAGGCGAGCCAGUUGUUCAGCCAGCUACACUCACUGAGAAAGCUGUACAGAGCGUGUUUACUGAGGUAUUUGACACUUCGCGUGACACGCUGAGCAUCCACACCAACCUGUUCGAUCUGGGUUGUUCAUCGCUAGAGAUCUUCCAGAUGAAAUGGCUCUUGCAGAACAAGUCGGAUCUACCGGACAAUAUCCCUAUAACCACCAUCAUCAGUCAUCCGACGAUUGAGAGACUAGCGGCGGCCCUGGACCCAAAUAGUAACAGUCAGCGGUCCUAUGACCCCGUCGUGACCCUCCGCACUGGCGGAACCAAGACUCCGUUGUGGCUCGUGCACCCAGGUGUUGGAGAGGUACUCGUCUUCCUCAACCUGGUCAACCAUAUCACCGAUCGGCCGGUAUAUGCCCUACGAGCACGCGGAUUUGACGGUGAGCCAUUUUUCGAAUCAGUCGAUGAAAUGGUCGACAUCUACCGAGCCGCAAUCCAGCGUGUUCAACCAGCUGGACCCUACGCUAUCGCCGGCUACUCAUAUGGCGGAACAUUGGCGUUCGAGAUGACAAAGCAGCUAGAAAGGGACGGAAAUGAGGUGCCGUUCCUCGCCGUCUUCGACCAGCCGCCCCAUAUCAAGGAGCGCAUGUCCGCCGGUGGUUGGGCUGAUGUACUACUGACGCUGGCUCGAUUCUUCGAUCUACUUCCCGACACCCAGGCCGAGGAGACUGUAGCUGCGCAACUCAAGGCUUCUGGUGGUGGACUGCAUGAUGACGUCGACCAAGGCGCGCUGGUGGAUAUCCUCUUGUCCUCUGCAUCUGAGCAGCGACUAAAAGAAUUUGGCCUCGACCGGACCCGUCUAGCGACGUGGACGAGUCUAGCGCUAAAUUCACAUACUAUUGCUCGCGAAUAUGAGCCUCAGGGGCGAGUUUCUACGCUCGAGGUCCUAUAUGGGCAGCCCAUCGCGGCUGUAGCGCGUACAAAGCAGGAGUGGUUAGAUAAGAAGCUGUCGCGGUGGACUGACUUUGUGGAUGAUGUGCAGUUCCAUGAGGUUGGAGGGCAUCACUUUACUUUGCUGAGCCCGGAACAUGUUGGGUCGUUCUAUCGGACUUUGCGCGAUAGAAUGGAAGCACGAGGGGUAUAG